CAGCCGGAAUACCACUAUUCGCACUUGCCGGGUGCAAAGUUACGCGGACCAAAUGUCGAUGGGCAUAGGAGCAUGGACGUGUUUGGAACCGUACUUGCCUUCGCAUCCGUUGUAGGUGGCCUAAGCCCAACGGACGGCUGGGUGCAGAUACUUUCCCGCGGGGACUAUUUUCUACAAGUAUUCGACAUAUAUUUGGCGGAAGACACCGACCCCAAAGUCUUAAUUGACCUCAAUGGGGCUUCAAACCCGGCAGAGACACUAGAGGCAGAACUGGAGAAACUAUCCCCCCAAGAGCCCGGAAGAUACAGAUUCUACGUCGGGGAAAACAUUGGAUAUAAGCCAAGUUUUAAAGAGCAUGUCUCGCAGUUGUUGUCGGAUCGGUUCGCUGAGGACUAUCACACUGACGUGGGCUCGCCUUCGUUCGCUAGGCUGAGGUCGCAAUGGAAUAACAAGACGGGCUCGCUGGCAUGGCUUUCGACUUCGUACGGCAUGUCAGCCACGACGACGGACCAUUCCUUUCGCCAGGCUUCAUCCCUGUUCUUUUCGGCGAAUUUGAUGAGAUUCUCUAAGUCGGUGCGUGUGGCCACCGAUGCCCACGGUCGCAUUCUGAUCUUCAUCUCAAGCCUAUCCGAGAUGAUUGCACUCGCGGACUUUUUCCGCAACCUCCCCAACAAUGCAGAGAUGCCACUGCGCCCAUCCUCAGAAGGCGUCUAUACUCGCCUUUCGCUUUUCUGUGCUUCCCUCAGGAGGACUCUGGCAGCGGACCCCAUCAGAAGUAUGACAAAGAGGCUGGGCUCCCAGCAGACUACCCUAAUACAAUUAGUACUUCUGGCCUUCUGCCAGUGUGAUCUAGAACACCUUUCUAACUUUCUCGACACCGUCCACCUGUUCUACGCUCUCUUCCGGGAAAGGGUCACAGAUCCGCGCCGCACCAUAAUCACAAACUCCUCACUCCAGGAAAUCAUCCGGGACGCGUACUUCUAUGAGCAACUCCAAGAUUGCAUCUCGGACCUCACCUCUGCCACGGAAUCUUUGCUCGAGCUUCUCCAGAUAAGCCUCGGAAGCCAACAAGAGUUCAAAUACCUCGCCACCGAGACCCGUGCAACAUUCGCAGAUCUUACUAAAAGCUCCACCCGCCUUUCUACCCGCCUAGAAAGCCACCUCCGCCUCUUUGAACUCCUCCGCAGCUUCAACGAGUCGCUCAGCGUCUGGCUUCUCGGUCUCCUGGCCAGCGUCUUCCUCCCGCUCUCCCUCGCCUCCAGCCUCCUCAGCAUGCAAUCCCGCCUCGCACACCUCCACUUCCUCCUGUACGACUUCUGCGGCAUUAUUGUCCUCCUGGGCACUAUCGUCCUCAUCAUCGUCGUUCUGCUGAAGGUGUACGCGCGGCUGGCAGAGCAACUGGUCAGGUCCAAGAGCAAUACUGCGUUCCGCAUGUGGAUAUAUCCCUUUAUUCGGUGGAACAUUUGGCUCUGGAGCUUUGUGGCUUGGGGCCUGCUUGUGUCGAGCUUUCUGGUUGGGAUGGUGAAGGAUGUGGGAUUGGGACUGAGGAUUCUGGGGUACGGUGCUGCUGUUAUUGGGGGUUUACUGGUGGUUGUGGCGGUUGCGGCGGUGGCGAUGUGGAAGUUUAUCACAGGGAUUACACAGUGA